AUGGGUCAAGGAAUGAGCGAGGUAGCAUCUGGUGUCUAUGUCACAAGUGCACUUGUGGCUCGACAAAGUAAAGUACUUGAUGAAUUUGGUAUUACUCAUGUUAUAUCAAUACAAGCAAAACCUAUUAAUCCAUUUGCACAUCGUGAAUAUCUUUUAAUUCCAGCGAAAGAUCAUGUAUCACAAGAUUUAUUACAAUUUGCUGGACAAUGCAAUGAUUUUAUUCAUAGUGCACGUCUUAAUCAAGGCAAAGUUUUAAUUCAUUGUGUUGAAGGAAAAAGUCGUAGUCCAUCAAUUGCUUGUAUGUAUUUAAUGACUAUUACUGGUAUAUCAUGGUCGGAUAUGAUUAAUAGUCUUCGUGGUGUACGAACACUUGUAGAUCCUAAUUUUGCAUUUCAACGACAAUUAAAAUAUUUCUAUGAAAACGUGAUGAUACAAGAACGUGAACGUUUAUUUACUAAAUUCGGUUCAUUUACGAUGAUUGAUGAUGAUACAUCAUUCGUUUUGAAAAAUUUAGCUUUAUAUAAUGAAGAACAACGUCGUCGAUUAACAGGAAAUGUUGUUGUUAUUGAUGAACGACAUUUACCAACGAAUAAUAUUUCUCCUUAUAUAUCUGUGAAUAAUGACAAAACAAAAAAUUUGAAUGAAACAGAUUCUGAUCCUAAUUCAUUUUUCAACGAUCCAGAUCACUUACCACUCACACCCGUGUCUCAAAGUCUUCUUGAUGAUAUGUUCUCAUCUUAA